UUGGUUCACAAUGCUGUCAGUCAUUACGGAAGGCACAGAAGGGGCGGGACUCGUAGAUGAGCUGUGGGUACGCUGCGGCGUUCAGAAAAUAGAUAAACAGAAUCUAACCUUUGAUUGACGCAAUUAAGUUACAAACUCAUCCAACUAGAUACUGAUACAUCAAAUUGGCAAACAGACGAUGUCGGAGAGGAGCCGCGCGCUUGUCUUGUGAUUUACAUGCGUUUGCCUAGCAGCCCAUCCUGAACAGCAAGCUAGUUAGCAACAUGAUGAUGGCCAGCUGAACAUUGUUAUGCCUUCAGCUCUUGUUAUUAUUGCGCUCGCGUUUUAACGGUUAAACUUAAAUGCUUUCCUGCUUUGAAUUGUUGCCCGUCAUGCAUCCUUUCCACUUGCACGCCUAGAAUUAUAGUACGUGAUCUGACCGGAGCUGCUCAGUUGUAGGUGCUGUGCGCCAUCAAGCUAAGCUAACAGCAUUGGAAUGGUGUGCAUGGGCCAGACCCCUUUCACAUAUUAGCUCGCAGCUAACCAUUUGCUGGAUCUACACGUUUGGACCAGAACGUGGAGAGCUUUCUAGAAAGAAACGCGGUGCAGGUCAAGCAAGCAGAAUGUUGAUUUGCAGAAAACCACGGAUCACUUCCUCAGGCAUUGAUCGAGACCUGCAUUGACCCUUAACAGCAACGACAGAAGCCCCAACCUAUUUCUAUAUCUGCUGUAAAAUGAGCACAUAGUGAGUUGUGACAUUAAUCUGCUUUGUGCCUUUCAACGAUGUAGCUUUGCAACCUACGUGCUUUUUUUGCGGCAUACGUAACAAGGACAAUAAAGAUGAGCAAUCAAGUAAUCGCGUCACAAGAGAAGAUGGAGCUGGAUCUGGACAUCCCUUCGUCUCUCGAUGGGCUCCUGAGAAGAUCUAACAGCGAGCCCAUGAUAAACGGCCUGAGUGAUGCUUCUCAGGUGUUCCAGAGAGAGGUUCUUCGCAGCAGAAGAAACAGUACUACUGUUGUUCGACCCAAUGUGGUUCCAUCUUCACCAGUACGUGUUCCUAGCACAAGACUGCAGAGGAUCAAACAGGAAGAGGGUGUUGACGUGAUGAACCGUGAAACUGCUCAUGAACGAGAAGUGCAGGCAGCCAUGCAGAUGAGCCAGUCUUGGGAGGAGAGUCUUAGUCUGAGUGAUAAUGAUCUUGAGAAGUCUUCAUUGUCAUCUCCGAAGCGGAUUGAUUUUGUGCCUGUGUCUCCUGCUCCUUCGCCCACCAGAGGGAUCGGAAAGAAGCAGUGUUUCUCCCCAUCUCUUCAAAUCCUGGUGACCAGUAACGGAUUGACGUCCAGCCCUGUUCCCAGCCCGACACGCCGCUUCAGCAGGAGGAGUCAGAGCCCGAUUAACUGCAUCAGGCCUGGUAUUCUGGGCCCUCUCAAACGCAAAAGUGAAAUGGAGACCGAAAGCCAGCCCAAGAGACUCUUUCAGGGAACCACCAACAUGCUGUCCGCAGAGGUCUCCCACUUGCCUGAACUUAACACCUGUCUGUCUCCAGAUCUUCUGGAUGGGAGUCUCAGUAGCGUCGGCUCCUCCUCUGACUCUCCCGCCAAGAUGGAAGGAGUGUCACCCUCAUCCAGUAACUCGCCCCUCACGCCGCUUCAGGACCUAUCCCCUAAGUGAUCCGCUGAGCAUCACAGGAGGACUGGGCCACUUCUCGGGCCCUUUUCCACUCACUUUUGUUCCCAAUGCCUUCCCAAAAUGACUUUCUUUCUUUUCAUGAAUUGUUCUGUUACGUUACAUUUUAAAGCGAGGUCCGAGAGUUUUCCGUGUGGGACAGACCCUAAGGGCAUGGAGAGACUGCGGAUGUUUUUUGCAUCAGCUGCUAUAAAUAGAUGUAAAACAUGGUGUAUAGAUCUGUAUCAAAGCGAAGGACAUCACUGAGGAGGAUCGUGGAUUUUGUUUUGGUUCCCUAAUGGAGCAAUUAUCUCUUUUGAUAACGCUUUUGAAAAGAAAACUGCUGUAAACAGGAGAACAACUACAGGCAUGUUCUUUUCUUUACAUUGUCAGCUUGCCAACCGGUGUUGUGUGUGUGAAUUUAACUUAUUUUUUUUGCUUUCAUUUGUAUGUAAGUAUGUACAUAAGAUUUGUGGCAAAACAUGCAGAAGCAAAGAGCUCGACCGGCAAACUGACAGCCGCUGCUUCUGGAGUUUUAUUAGCGGUGCAACUGCACUUUAAAGGGGCAGAAUUUAAUUUUGGGCUUUGGUCUGAAUCAGCGUUUGUAGUUUUUCAGGAAUGACCUUUUCUUGAAUUUUCAAGUAGGUGGAGG